AUGGCUGCAAGGUGUAGUAUUAGUGUUGGUACUGCUGUUAGUAUUAUUCGUGAUAUUAUCCAUGCAACACAUGGUAAAAAAAGGCCGGUACAUCGUUUAUAUCCAGCUGUCAUUGAAAAGAGACGAUCUCGAGUUUGGCGUAUGUAUCGUCGAUUAUGCAAUGAAAAAUAUAGAAGUUAUGUAACUACCGACGAAGCAUGGUUUUAUCUCAAUGCAAGUCAAGAUGUUAGAGAUAUAUAUUAUGUCAGAAGUGAUGGAUUACCAGAAGAAGUUAAAAAAAUCGAACGAAAUGAUUUAUAUCCGGUGGCUGUGCUGGUAUAG